GUUGCGGACAAGUGAAGCAAAGACACAGUAGAGGACAUCCAUUCAUAGAAGCGAUUCAAUUGAAUAUAACCGCAAAUAAGUGUCUCAUUCAUGAGAGUUGGGAUUUGUGUCAGAAAUUCAUUCAAUCGGUCGAUAACUGUGUUAAGGCUACAGAAUCCAUGGCUUUGGAUCAGAAAAUUGUUGAAAACUAUUUCAAACCAUACGUCGAGUAUUUUAGAUCUCUAUCUGCAUUUGAGGCCCAAUUGCAAAGACCCUGGACUUCAGAGGACUUGAGUGCACCCGAGUAUGCGAUCACCAGAAAUGUGUCGACGACUACUGACUACGAGACCCAACAGCUGUUGGUUUGGAUUAUAAAACAAUUCAAACCGAAGUGUAUGUUAGAGUUGGGCUCAUGGAUGGGUUACAGCACCCUAUUAAUGGCCAUCUCUGCCAAAACAUAUCAAUUAACUCAUCAUAAAUCCCGGAUCUAUGCGUGCGAUUCAUAUGUUUGGCAGAAAUGGAUGAGUAAUUUUGUGAUCACGAAGAAUAUAAUGGCAAAUGGAGACACAUUUCUGCCACGAUUUCUAUUCAAUACGGAACCGAUGAGUGAAUACAUAGAACCCAUUGUUAUGGACUUCGAUACUACACUCCCGGACACUGUCUCUCAUAUUAAACCGGAUUUUGUUUUCAUUGAUUUCACUCAAGACGCCGAUGAGAUCCAAGAGAAGUGGACUCAUUUGGAGCCCAAUUUGAUUCCCGGAAAGACUAUUGUCUUAUUCAACGGUCUGUCAAUCACUUCAAUACCAUUUUUCACCAAAAACUCUGAUAGACUGAAAGCGUUGGUAAAACCACAUUCAAUAGCCAAGGCAUUCAUAUACAGCCCCGACAUGCCUGUCCAAAAGCCUUUGAAAAAUAUUAAUUUGAGCCCAAAAUUCAAUUUCCAAACGCCUCCCGAUUGGGAACAUCACUACAAGAAUGCAUUCAAUUCUUGUGUCGAUAUAUUAAGACAAGAAUUUCAUGACAAGGAGUCAAACAUUUUGUUUAUACCUUCCGUUGAGGAAAUGCUUUGCGAUAAUUCAGAGGUUAUGAGAAACAAUGACUGGAUUGGUAUCAUUCAUAUGACACCAGAAUAUCCGGAAUUGUUUUACACACCAGACCUGAAACAGUUGUGCAAAUAUCAGUUGAGAAGAUAUUAUCCCAAAGACAUUGAAUUGAGGCCACGAUUGGCUGAUGAGGAAUAUGAGAGACAGUUAUACAGAAGCAUCCCUUUCCUGACACUCCUAUACAACGGCGCCGCCAAUACAUUAAUACUGGAAUGUAUUGCCAGAAACAUUCCAAUACUGGUGCCAAACAUGAGUUCUUGUACUGAAUAUAUCGGUGAAGACUAUCCUCUCCUCUACUCCAGAGAUCAAAAGGAUUUCACAAAUCUAUUGACAAUAGAGUCAAUCCAAUCAGCGACAGAUUACUUGAAAACUAUGGAUAAAAAUCGCUUUAAAACGGAUUACUUCUUCAAUUCCGUGAAGACUGGGAUUGUUUUGCAGUCGUUAUCAACAAAACAGUCAAUAAAUUCUGAAUUAUCUCUUCAAUCGGUUCCAGACUUUUGUGAAUUUGAUGUCUCG